UGGCGAUGAUCACAGUGACGGAGGAGAUAGGCCACGACCUGCACAUGGUGACACGAUGCGCGCCGACGGGGCAGGGGGCGAGCACCGCAUAGCAGUAGAUGACGCUCGAGAUGGAGUGCAUGAUGAUGGUUCACGACCUGUCUCGGGCGGUGACCUGAGGCGCUUGAAACGCGGACCAAGGGAAAAAGACACUAUCGCUUCACGUGUGCGCAAACGUCACGGUGGGGUUGCUAGCAUUCCACUAUCACGAGUCCCCUCAACUGGGCAGAUUCCUGUUUCUGAGGACUCUUUCAGCGAUUACGACGGCGAGGAGCGGAUCGAGCUGCAUGGCGGGAGCGGUCAUCCACGAGGUGACACUUCGAGUAUGCACGCGACAGCUCCGAUGGGGCCUUCCGCAGCWGUCCYAGAAUCGCAACAGGGUCCAGCACCGUUGAUGCGUCAUCCCRAGGUUCAKGGAGAGAUCAGYCCUCUCCCGGCAGUGCGGGACGAGGGUUCUGUCGGUGCACUGCAUCCACUCACGUCUGCCGGAGYGGCAGUCUCAGUUGCAGCGACCUCGGAUGUGGGACAACCACUGGCAGCGGCGGAGCAAGAAAGUAUGCUCCCACCUCGCAGUGUUCAACCGCGGCCACCGUCUGCAUUGAUGGAGGGGAGUCAGGGGACCGUUGUUGUGUAUCAAGGCGACGAUCUCCGGGAACGUGAUAUCUCACACACUCCCGCAGCCGAGCAGAGCGCCGCAGACCAUGUCGGCCUCGCAUGCCCCACCGGCAGUCUUCCGGGUACCGACGAGUUACUGACCAUGGACUCUGCGCUCGUUUCUCUACCGGACUUGUCGACGUUGAUAUCCCCAGGUCUACCCCAUGUGUCACCGCCCAAGCCACAACAGCCUGUUGUCAUGGAGCGUGGAUCGGACGGGUUUGACGUGGCAGGAGGCGAUAUCGCCGAUAUGAUUACGAGCCCAAUGGUGUCUGCCACGCCCACAAUUUUUCAUGUUGGCAAACUACGCGAGGUGGCCCUUGGUUUGGCGGAGACGGCGACGCGACACCGCCGCGACGGUCAGCGCAGCAUUGCACAACGCGGUCUUUGUCAUUCGUUUGACGACGCAGAGGAAGGGUCUCCUCGUGGGCCAGUUGACACACUCGAAAGAGAAGCAAGACCCCCAAGUCCGCCGUCAAACUCAGAGCAUCAUCCGAUUGCCGCGGCUGUCGGCGCAGAUGCGGGUGUCCCCGUCACAAGCAGUGGCGCGGACGCGACAGAACAGCUUGUGGUUGGGUCAUCGGCGACAGCACGGCGCGACAGAGCCACUGUUUUGCCGACAGUGGCAUUCUAUGCCAGCGGGAAGAGUACUGGGGGGAUGGAUGAGCAGGGAGUCCGGAACGUUGGCAGACCAUCUGCACCGUCUAUGGGGAAACGAUCCAUUGGGAGUGUGGAUGGUGCUCGGCACACCGCCAUGGCAGACUUUGAGGACCGACACGGGAGUGCUUUGCCGACGAAGACGUCUGAUGUCCAUGCUACGAGAGUCGCAAAGGCGAGUCUUUCUCGGGCAAGGAAGAAGGCCUCGGCAAGGAAGGCGUCACGUUCAUCCUCACAUAUGCGUUCCCGAGAGAGAGGAUCGGGCGUUGUGCAUCUCGAGGACGGAGAGAUUGCACCUGACGGCGACGCAUUGGAUGUUGGAGGGAGGGAUGCAACGACGGCGGAUAUCGUCGGCAGGGAGGACACAGGGAAUGCAGUGGCAGAUCAGAAGAGACGUGGCAGUGUACUUAUCGUCCACGAUGACAGCACAGAUGUCGCCCCGGGAGAGACCACAGGCACUGAUGAUGCAGGGGACUCCGAUAACGUACCCAAACCACGGGCGGCAGAUGGAGAUGAUGGAGGAGGGYGACGAGUGAGACCGAGGACACGACUCGGGCCGCAAGGGCAGCGAGCACAGGGCACACCAUCGGCGAUGAUUCCUGCCCCCAUAGAUCGGCGAGCUUUGCGAAGGAUGACCUUGCUGAGUUUUCCGUAUCCGAUUAAUCAUUCCAUAUUCUUAUAAGCAUGAGUUAUUAGUCAAUAUACUUGUCCAAACAUUUGUCGACUUGGGAGUAAGUGUGAAUCAGAAUAACACUUGUUUGCUUGAAGUCGUGGGCCGAACACUUACCCAAAACCAUGAAAAAUCAAGCAGCAACCAAAUU